CAUAAGAUGGCUCAUGUCAGUUUUCAAUUAAUAAAUUGCUGUAAUGUAUAUCUGUUAAAUUUACUUGACUGAAAAUUAUCAUUUACAAAAUUUUUAAUAUUUUCGGAGGAAUUGCUUAAAAUGUCUGCACGACCUGGUGGAGGUCCAUCUAAAUUACCUGAGAGAUCUCGUAUAAGUCAAAGACAGCAGCCGACCUGUCCUGUAGGACAACCUGCAGGAUCCGUGCAAUCACGCCGUCCUAGUACCAGUUCAGCUGUUGCAGCCGCAAGUCGACAAAGAACGUCUGGUACUAAAACGUCCUACCUUCCUACCUCUACUAAAUCUUAUGGUUAUGGUUAUGGUGGAUAUGCAGGUAGACAACAACCACAACCUGCUGUGGCUGCAAAAGUUGUUUGCCCCAAGCAAACUUGUCCUCGUCCGGCUGAUUCUAAGACUUCAUGUCCGGCUCGCCCAUCAACAAGUAAAGGAAGUCAGGGUUCCUUACGACCUUGUUCUGCACCUGGAGGACCACCAUGUUCUCGAUUAUCUCAAAGACCUGCUUCUAGAGGGUCUUCUUCUGGACGGUCUAGAACUUCAGUUGAACAGACGGAUGGAAAACUGGUUAAAAAAGUGACCAGUACUGUCGAAAAGAGACUUGAACAGCCUCCUUGUCGAAGCCGUGACGGUUCAACGCCUCCCCCAACCCUAGUAACAACAACCACUACCGUCGAAGAAUAUUUUCAACCAGAUCAAGCGGGUACGUCAGGUGCAGCAAACCAAAAGAAUAUAACGGAAGCGUUGGCGAUGGUAAAAGAAGAAGAUCGUGAGGUAAAAGAAGUCAUGCGAUAUCCACCCCCUUCGAUAAAAAGUGCCGCACCUGAAGACUAUCCUCUACAGAAAAAUCUGGAGCAAUUGAAAAUACAACAUAUUUCAAUUAUGGGUCGAGAGUCACAAGCAAAAAUUGAACUUCCUCCUCCAGAUGUUCCCACAGAAGAAGUGCAACCAGAAACUUUGGCACAGAUAAUGUUUACGGAAGAAAGAGGAAUGAAAAUGGAUGCUCCUCCUGAUCAUUUGGUUGCCCAUUUGUUUCCAGAUCGUGACGACAUGGUGGAAGUAAGUUCUGUGACGCAAGGAACAAUGCAAGAUGUGGUUGUUCCAACAGCGGUUCCUCCAGCACUUCAUUCUUCAGUUCUUAAAAAAGAUGAUAUUCAUAGGGCUAUGGAAACAGUAUCGCAAGUAGAAAAACCAGCAGGUGAUAUUUUUUCACAAUCAAAGGGUGGUGGUUCGGCUCCACCCAAUAGUGUAGCUGCUAAACAAAAAAGAUCCGGUAAACCAGUGAAACUUUUGACCGAUACGACUCCACCCUGGAUCAGUAUCGAUUUAGAGAAAAUGCAAGAUAUAAUAGGAGCGUCACCAGCAAGAAAAGAAAUUACUAAAUUAGAUGCUUUAGAAGAAACAUUAGUUCCCUCUGAUACUGAUCCUAACAGUUUAGAAUAUUAUUUGGCAAUGGAACCACCACGACACCAUUCUAGAGUUCAAUUAAGAGGAAGUCAGAAACCACCUUGGUUCCCAGGUUAUUUGAUUGCAUUACCUGAUAUUCCGGAGUGUAUAAGACUAGCUAAGUCGCCUAGUGCCGUUUUGGCAGCGGCAUGGAAGUCCGUCCAGCCAAAAAUAUUUGACGAGACAAAUAUAAGUUUUGCUUGAUUUUAUUCUCUUGUUUUACAGUAAAAAUUAUAACGAUACAAUUUAUUUUACUUUCAUUGUCACAUAAUAUUUGAAUUACAAAUCACUAUUGUCAACAACAGCAUUCGUUUAUUGCCUUAUUAAAACAUUUUUGCCUUAGGUAGGUAUAUAGCUAUUGACCCCUAAGAAUUAAAAAAGUCGUGUGGUGUCGUGGGACAUCCGCUAGAACGAAGAUUCUUAUGCUAAUCGACAAAUAUUAAUUAUAAAUUUUGGGCAAGAUAUUUUGUAAAAAAAAAAACUGAUGAACAUCUAAAAUAUGCAUUCCGUAAAUGUUAUCUGCUCACAAUAAUUUAAAAUGGUAGUUUUAGGACUAUCGACUGCUACUAACAAGUUAGUUUCCGAAACUUUUUAUUGACAAUAAAGUUAACAUCGGAUUUUUUUAUAUUCAAUAUUUAAAAAUCUUCGGGAACAAUAAUAUUUCGGACGGUGUAGUCGCAUGAGAUUCCAUCUUCAUACUAAAAAAAUGCAAUUUCAAAUUAAAAAUCGAACUGUUUCAUGAUUUUUAUUUAAGACUGCAUAAAUUAACUAAUUUAUUCCACACGUGGACCACACUGUAUACAUAACAAGCAAACGUACAAUACAAAUUCGUGUUUGUCUGAUCUCUCAAAAGCUUCAAGGCAAUUACGACUUGAGACAAUGUCCUUUAAAUGAUUAUAAUGGAUGAGUUAGUGAAUGAGUUUGGGAAACAUGGUUUAUCGGAGCAUGUUUUAAAAAACGGUCGGACCUUGCAGGAAACACUCUCUUAUAUUUAUUCGCAUGAAGUAAUUCAAAAAAUUAUUGUGCAUUUUAAAUUCAAUCGCAGGGCGUUUUUAGGCGAGAAAACAAAAAUAUUAAUUUUGUAUUUAAUAACCCGGCUACGUUAAUUUAAUAUACUGUUAUUUUUACCUUUUUCUCGCGCCAAAUAUAAAAGGAAAUCAUUUCAAAGUGGCUUUUAAACCUAAAAAAUAUUUUUUUUACGAAAUUUCGUGUCCCUAACAUCGAAUUUACAUACAACAGUUUAACAACCAUUUAAUCUGCUUAGGGAAUGAAAUACUAACAAUCUUUUAGUGGGUGCUUGUUACAAAAUUAAUCUAUCUUUCAAAUUUUAUGUUUAUACCUUUAGUAGUUUCAGUUCUGUGCUUAUGGAUCAGUCAGAUGUACUCAUUAAUUAAUUUAUUGAAAAUUAAAAAAACACCUAUUUCCUUUCUUAUUGCACUCCGAGUGCCCUUACGUUCUAUAAAUAACUCGUCAGUUCUUCUUUUUAGUUUUCAUCAUCUCUCUCACUCUUGUAUUGGAUUACAUUUAAAGUUGUGAUCAGUGAAAACAAUUUUGUAGUUCCAAAUUACCGGGGUGCACUUUCAGUUUCCAAUAUAGAAAUACUUUUAUUUCUUGAUAAAUUAAUUUCUCUCUUAUUAAACCAGCUACAGAUACCAAAAUGUAUUCAAAUUGUUGUAAAGCAUCAGUAAAAAGAAUUUUGUAGUUAGAAAUUGCCGCUGUGCAUUUUUAAUUUUCAACCCCUACAAACACGUGGUUUUUGUUAAUUGGUAAAUUAAUUUCUCUGUUACUAAACGAGCUGAAAGUACCAAAAUGUAAUGUAGUCGUGGGUGGCUAGCAAAAUAUUUUACAAUACAGUGGGUUGGCUAUGUGAAAGGUGUCCGCAUUUUAAAUUCAAAUUAUCAUGAUACCUUCUCGCCAAAUUAAAUGAGCGCGCUGUAGUAGAUAAACAUAGAAAUGUUACCUGUGAUUCGAAAAUACAUGUACCUUCGUGAAAUUUUUGCUUGAAAAAGUGCAAGUUCUUGGAGACAAGAAAUUUCAUACCGAACAAUUUGCCUGUGAAGGAAGAUUCCUUACAAGUCAUAGUCACAAAAAUAUUUUGUAAAACAGUACUGCGAACUAUUCGCCUACCCAGUUUUCUCUGAGCGUUUUUGGUGUGGAAGCAGACAUUGCUGUGUUGUUAUUCUAGAUUCUAGAAUUGUCUUAUCAAAUUCAUUGAUACAUUAAAAGUUGGAGUACCAACCCUAAUGGAUUUUUUAUCUAAAAGAGGAAUUCAUUUUAAGUACCCAUUUCCAAUAGAGUUAAGUUUAAAUGGACUAACUCUUUUAUUUUCCACGCCUUUGUGUUGUGCGUUUUUCAAACAAUAUCAAGAAUUUCCAUUUAACGAUUUAGAGCAAAAUGUUCAGGUUGAACUUACAGAAAAGUUCAAGGGUAAUCCCCCUGCAAGUGUUUAUUUCAACAAAGGCCUUUAACUUUUAACGAUGAAACACUUAGAGACUCUAUAUAUUGACAAAUGUAGUUUUAUUAUAGACAGUGAAAUAAUUUUGUUGUUAAUAAAAAAAAAACACUAA